GCCCGCGGCCCCGGGAGUUGUCUGCCAUGUUCGCGCCAGCGAGCAACUGUUUUGACAGAGCUAUUACUCACCCGUCAAGCUUUUGUUUGAGCUGACCAGCGGUGCCUGUCUGGAGUCCUGAAUAGGAUCAAAUCCUGCAACCAGACACACACACAAGCACACAGAAGUGCGCAGGAGCGCGCGGCCAAGCUCACCCAACGCCAGGGCUGCUGGGGGGGGCUCAUCUCUCCCAGAUCUUCCCGCCAGAGCCGUGGGGGUCUGGUCUCCCCACUCCAGGAACCUGCAUGAAGCUCUCGGUGCUGCUGGUUUGCAACCUCCUGGUGUGGAGGGUGGGUGAGACGGGAUCAGGUGCUCCGGAGAAGUUGUCCGUGCUGGCUCCAGGAGCUCUCAGCAUGAAGGAGACCUUCCUGGUGCUCUCGCUGCACAACAAGCUGAGGAGCAAAGUGCAGCCCCCCGCCGCCAACAUGCAGAAGCUGGAGUGGAGCGAGGAGCUGGGCCGGCUGGCGGGGGCACGGGCAGCCAGCUGCCUGGGGGGUCCUGCUCCACCGCCGGCCCCCCAGCUGGGCUGGAGCGAGGCGCUGCUGCCGGUGGGCACUGGGGGCUUUGGGGCUGUGCUGCAGCGCUGGUUUGACGAGGGCCAACGCUACGACUACGGGACAGGGCGCUGUGCCAGCAAUGCCACCUGCCGCCAUUACACCCAGCUGGUGUGGGCCACGGCAGGGUGGCUGGGCUGCGGCCGGCACCUCUGCCCUGGCGGCCAUGGCCCCAGCGAGGCCUUCGCCUGUGUCUACUCCCCAGGGGGCAACUGGGAGGUGGCAGGGACGCCCGUCCUGCCCUACAAGCCGGGGCCCUGGUGCUCCCUCUGCACUGCCGGCCUCUCUGGCUGCUUCAAGUCCUGGGACCACGGCGGCGGGCUCUGCGAGGUGCCCAGGAACCCCUGCCGCAUGAGCUGCAGGAACAGCGGGCGCCUCGACAUGAGCAGCUGCCAGUGCACCUGCCCCCCUGGCUACACAGGCAGGUACUGCCAAGUGAGAUGCAGCGGGCAGUGCCUCCACGGGAAGUUCAGGAAGGAGGAGUGCUCCUGCCUCUGCGACGUGGGCUACGGCGGAGCCGAGUGUGGCGUGAAGAUUCGGUUCCCCUUCCACGCCUGCGAUGUGCAGAUAGAUGGCGACUGCUUCAUGGUGUCCCCCGAGGCUGACACCUACUAUGGAGCCAAAAUAAAGUGCCAGGAGAAAGGGGCGAUGCUGGCCCAGAUCGGAAACCAGAAGGUCCAGGACAUCCUGGCUUUCUACCUCAGCCGCUUGGAGACUGGUAACAGGGUGACAGACACUGAUUUUGAGACCGGGAACUUCUGGAUCGGUCUCACCUACAAGACAUCCAAGGCUUCCUUCCGCUGGGAUGUGGGCAAGCCGUCCUCCUUCACCAGCUUCGCUUUUGGGCAGCCAGACAACCAAGGGUUCGGGAACUGCGUGGAGAUGCAAGCGUCGGCCGCCUUCAACUGGAAUGACCAGCGCUGCAAGACCCGAAACCGGUACAUCUGCCAGUUCGCCCAGGAGCACAUCUCCCGGUGGCACCAGGACCCCUGAGCUGGCAGCCCCGGGCACUGGCCAGCGCUGGCUGCUGUGCCAAGCCCGUGGCUAAGGAGGAUGGCGGUGCUGUGCCGAGCCCAGGCCAGGGCUCAGGAGGACCCCUCAACGGCUCCCCUGCGCAGGGGCUGAGGGGACCCAUGGUGAUGAAACCUGGUGAGAGGGGCAUGUGCUCUGCAUCAGCAUCCCCGAAACAGCAUCUUCUUCUGCCCCUCACCUUCCUCUGUCGCCAUCACGCUGCAGCAGCUCCAGGGCAGGGAGAUGCCCCUGCAACAGCCAGGUCCAACAGCACUCUCCUCCUGAACACAGCUGGGCUGUGUCUGGACCAUGGUCCUGAUGUGAUGAGGAGCCAAGGGGGGCCUCCAGGGGGUGCAGAUCCUGGCACGGCUCAGAGCAGGGACUGGGCUCAGCUCCGAACCAUCAUCCUGGCCUGGGUGGGAACCCCCCAGCCUUGUACCACGGGUUCCUCACCAUCUCCUGGUCCUUCAUCAUCAUCCGGUUCCUCACCAGCUUCUGGGUGGUUAAU